CGUACGUCAGGACUGAGGACGUAGCGUGUAAUUGCUCACCGUAUGGUAUGACAUCAGUCUGAGGCUGCACCUGACAAUGGAAGGUCGCCACCAUGGCAAGCUCUUGCGCCAGUGAUUUCUUGAGUGACUUCAUAGAAAUUUAUCGAAAUGAGCCAUGUUUGUGGUUCAUUAAAUCUAAGGUUUAUUCAAACAGAGAACAAUCUCAAGAAGACGAUCUCACUGAAGAGAGGGAAACCCAACAUGAGGAUGAUUCAUCGCUACUGCCUUCACGGCAUACUAUAUCAGUCCUACCGGCACCACCAAAAAGGCGCAGAUCGGUACAAGGCAAAGCUGAUCACGUUUUGGACCUUGUAGCAAAAAGGAUGGAAGCACCUCCAAAUUCGGAAUAUGAUGUGUUUGGUAUGUAUGUGGCUAAAAGGUUACAAAGCUUGCAUUUAGCAAACCCGGGGAUGUAUCCGGUUGUUAAAAAGCUAAUAAAUGACGCUAUCUUCGAGGGUGAAAUGGGCACAUUGACGCCCUAUUCAUGAAUUGCCCAAAACCAAGCUCCAUCUCUAUCUAGCACUCCUGUACCUACUCCAAGCCCAAGUCAUUACCAAGCUCCAUCUCUGUCUAGCACUCCUGUACCUACUCCAAGCCCAAGUGCGGAUUACAAUUAUGAGACAGAUGAUAUUCUCCAAAUGUAAUGUAGGUACACAUGUACAUUUAUGUACCUUGGAUACUCU